GGGCUUUGGAGAGGAGGAGGAGGAGGAAGAGGAAGAUGACGAGCCAGUGCAAUUAGCCUAACAAGGGACGGGUGGCUGCAGCCGCGGCAGGCGCAGCGGCUUUUCCCCGGGCCACUGACACAUUUUUCUCUGCUGCUCACCGGGGCGAUGAAGGGGAACGCUGCGGAGUUCAGCUGAAAAAAGUCGAGCGGGAUCUUCCUUUCUUCCUCCUGGCAGCAGCAGCAGCUUCUUGAAAAGUGGGAGGAAUCCCUUUCCUCCUUCCUUCCCAAGACCCCAUUGUGGAGACGGGGCUGGGCUGGGAUUUGUGUACACAUUUUGUAUGGUGCUGUGUUCCUUCCUCCCCCUUUCCCCCUUUUUUUCUUUUCUCCUCCCUCGGACGCGGAAAUAUCCAUAUAUCUAUUUUGCUUGUUUGGGAAAGACCUUUUUUAAAAAAAUAUUUUUUCGGGCUCCCUUUCCUCUUUGGGUGCCUGUGGAAAAACUAUUGGCGUGCUUUGGAUCCCCGCCGCCCGCCCGCCUCUUUCCUCGUCCCCACCUCGGCUUUUUGGGGGCCCCCCAAAUGUGGAUUCCAGCGGAUUUGUUCUUCCUUUGUAACUGGGAAAUGAAAUAAUGGCGACCCGUUGGGCAGCGGGGCCACCCGGGGGAGAUGGAGACCUCCAACCGCCCGCCGUCCCCAGGAGCUCCAGCCAGGUAUCCAAAAAUAAAGAUGGAAAGGAACAAAGUGAAGCUGUAUCCCCGUCAGAGGAUGAAGAAACAUUCUCUUGGCCUGGCCCCAAAACGGUAGUUUUACGAAGAACAUCACAAGGUUUUGGCUUCACCUUGAGGCAUUUCAUUGUUUACCCCCCAGAGUCUGCAGUUCAGUUUUCUUUUAAGGAUGAAGAAAAUGGAAAUAAAAGUGGGAAGCCACGGAACAGAUUGGAGCCGAUGGAUACAAUCUUUGUUAAACAGGUUAAAGAAGGAGGGCCUGCUUUUGAAGCCGGAUUAUGCACAGGUGACAGAAUUAUAAAAGUGAAUGGUGAAAGUGUUAUAGGGAAGACGUAUUCACAAGUAAUUGCUUUAAUUCAAAACAGUGAUACCACGUUGGAACUUAGUGUUAUGCCAAAAGAUGAAGACAUCCUUCAGUUGCUGCAGUUUUCAAAGGAUGUCACAGCACUGGCAUAUUCCCAAGAUGCCUACCUGAAAGGCAAUGAAGCCUACAGUGGUAAUGCCCACAACAUACCCGAACCACCACCAAUAUGUUAUCCUCGGGUAACAACUCCAGCUUCUGUCAUGGCACAACCUAUUGAGAAAGCAUCGCCUGACUCUUCACUGGGAAAGCAGCCAACUGUUAGACCUAUACGGACAUCAGCACAACCAGAAAAGGCCUACAGAAUGGAAAUACAAGUGCCUCCAUCCCCAACAGAUAUUGCAAAAUCCAACACAGCUGUCUGUGUUUGCAAUGAAACUGUAAGAACUCUAGUUGUGCCUUCUGAGAAGGCAGUAGAUCCGCCAUCCUGUAGAACAAAUCACACUGGUCUGCCACACCGGACAGAGGAAGUAAGAUAUGGUUUCAAGGAACAAACCACUCCCAAAACAAAAGCACGAACCACAUCACCACCCUCUUCAAUAUCCACUGCCGUUAUACUUCCUCGGACACCACUCACAAGGCCAGUAGAUCCCAUUGGAAUGGCCAACAAGUCUGGAAGCUAUGGAGGUUCUCCAGAAGGGAUCUUGAGUACUAGACCUUCUGCUCAAACUGCAGGUUCUCCCUCUGUCACUACCAAUCACUACACCUCUCCAAAUGCCCAACACAUAGACUGGAAAAACUACAAAACCUACAAAGAAUACAUCGACAACAGGCGUUUGAACAUGUAUGGUUGCCGAACCAUACAGGAAAGGUUAGAUAGCUUAAGAGCAGCAUCUCAGAACACAACAGAUUAUAAUCAAGUGGUACCAAAUCGAGCUAGUUCACAGGUACGACGCAGAAGCACGUCUCAUGAUCGGGUCCCACAGUCCAAUCAGAUUAGGCAAAGGAGUGUAUCUCAGGAAAGACUGGAAGAUCCUGUGUUGAUGAAAGAGUGGCCAAGGAGUGCCUCGCAAGAUGCUUUAACCUCACCAUCUAUUAGCCCCCGGAAUCACAGGACACGGUCCUGGGACUAUUUAGGCAAGCAGAAUGAACCAUUAGAAAACUUCUGCCCUGAGAACUUGGUUGCAGAUUCAAACAGAGACAGAAAAAAGACUUACAAAUGGACUGGAUUUACUGAACAAGAUGAUCGGCGAGGUAUUUAUGAGAGACCUCGGCAGCAUGCAUUUCACAUGUCUCUUCGUGGUUCACCGUUUUCUGUGGCUCCAGGUACUUAUAGUUCAGAUGGCCGGCGAAUAGGCAGCAGAGCCUUGGGGUCCCCUUCCCAGUUCCAGAAAGUCCCACCAGACGUAAAAACACUGCAGCCUGCCAGAGAGUUGCCAACUGCUGGUGGGACUUCAAAGCCUGCAACCAUUUUUCAGGAAAGAUCAUCUCACUCAAUAGCUAGAAGCACAAGAAGCAAUUCUUUGAAGACUUGUGCAGCCUAUGCAGCGAAACCGUCACUUCCCCUCAAUCAGAGUUUGGAUAGUGUUACUACCAAAGACCAAAGAGAAGUAAAUCACGUGCAUCACCGUGGUUUGUUAAAUCAGCAGUCAAGAUUACAAGCAGAAAGUGUACCAGAUAUAGGCAAGGGUACUCUGUUGCCUACUUCCCAUAGAGCUUCUGCCAAAUCUGUGCCACAGUUGGGUGAGCACUUAACUACCUCCAUUAGCAAACCAGCAGAUGAUGUAGAUGCAGAAGCUGUUGUCUUGCGGGACCAUCAAACACCACAGCCUUUGCGGCAUCAAUCCUACAUACUAGCUGUAAAUGAUCAAGAGCCUGUCUCGGACACUACCUGUUGGUUGCCUAAUGAUGCACGGCGAGAGUUCCAAAUAAAAAGGAUUGAAGAAAGGAAAGCUUCGAGCUCCAGCCCGCCUGGGGAUUCAUUGGCAGCCAUUCCAUUUAUAGAUGAGCCAUCUAGCCCUAGCAUUGACCACGAUAUCGCCCACAUUCCAGCUUCUGCUGUUAUUUCGUCAUCGGCCUUGCGAACACCAACCAUUGCAACCGUUCCUCCAAGUCCCACCUCUCUCGUCCCAUCGUUAAUUCGACGUCAGCUGUCACAUGACCAUGAAUCUAUCAGAACUAGUGUUCCGGACAGUCAGUUUCCUGCAAAAAGUGAAAGGUCCAAGUCUUAUGAUGAAGGACUUGAUGACUAUAGAGAAGGAAAAGUAUCCAUAACGCACGUAUCCGGCUUAAAGGGAAUCAAGGUCUCUGACAGCCAAACAUCUUCAGAAAACUCAGGGUCCCGAAAAGCUUCUUCUUCAGAGGUUUUUGGCGAUGCUUCCAAGGAAGGAUGUCUCCAUUUUCGACAGCUGGUCACUGACAAGGGAAAGAGAGUUGGUGGAAGCAUCAGGCCGUGGAAACAGAUGCAUGUGGUUCUGAAAGGCUGCUCGCUGUACUUGUACAAGGAUAAAAAAGAACAAACUCUGCCCUCUGAGGAAGAGCAGCCAAUCAGUAUCAAUGCUUGCUUGAUCGACAUUUCGUACAGCGAAACAAAGAGGAAAAACGUAUUUCGGCUCACCACCUCUGAUUGCGAAUACCUGUUCCAGGCUGAAGACCGAGAUGACAUGCUGGCAUGGAUUAAAGCUAUACAAGAGAACAGCAACUUAAAUGAGGAGAACACUGGUGUCACAAGCAGGGACCUCAUUAGCCGCAGGAUUAAAGAAUACAGCACUAUGAUGGCUCCUUCUAGUGGCAAAACGGAGCAAUCCCCCAAAACACCUCGUCAGAGCCUGAGUAUCCGGCAGACUUUGCUUGGCCCUAAACCUGAACAAAGGACCCAGAGCCCUCAUUCUCCCAAGGAGGAAUCUGAAAGAAAGUUCCUUGCUAAAGAAAAAGAUGAGACAAGUCCACCAAAAGACAAAGGUACAUGGCGAAAAAACCUCAUCGCUCUGAGAAAGCCCUUUGAGAAGAAGCCAUCUGCUGCUGGAACCUUUGGGGUCAGACUAGACGACUGCCCACCAGCACAGAGCAAUAAGUAUAUUCCACUGAUAGUUGAUGUAUGCUGCAAACUUGUUGAAGAAAGAGGUCUUGAGUAUACAGGUAUUUAUAGAGUUCCUGGAAAUAAUGCUGCUAUCUCAAGUAUGCAGGAAGAACUCAACAAAGGAAUGACUGACAUUGAUGUUCAAGAUGAUAAAUGGCGAGACUUGAAUGUUAUAAGUAGUUUACUGAAGUCCUUCUUCAGGAAACUUCCAGAACCUCUCUUUACUAAUGAUAAAUAUGCAGAUUUCAUAGAUGCCAAUAGAAAAGAAGAUCCCGUGGAGCGACUAAAAACACUAAAAAGGCUGAUCAAUGAUUUACCUGAGCAUCAUUAUGAAACGCUCAAAUUCCUCUCUGCACAUCUAAAGACUAUAGCAGAAAACUCAGAAAAGAACAAGAUGGAACCAAGAAACCUGGCAAUAGUAUUUGGUCCAACUCUUGUAAGAACGUCUGAAGAUAACAUGACACACAUGGUUACCCAUAUGCCCGAUCAAUACAAAAUCGUAGAAACACUCAUCCAAAAACAUGACUGGUUUUUCGCGGAAGAUGAUGCUGAAGAGCCCCUUACAACAGUUCAGGAGGAAAACACAGUAGAAUCUCAGCCAGUGCCAAACAUAGAUCAUUUACUCACCAACAUUGGAAGGACGGGAGUAUCUCCUGGAGACGUAUCAGAUUCAGCUACUAGUGACUCUGCAAAAUCUAAGGGAUCUUGGGGAUCUGGAAAAGAUCAAUAUAGCAGGGAGCUGCUUAAGUCCUCCAUCUUUGCAGCAGCCAGUCGCAAGCGGAAAAAACCAAAAGAAAAACCGCAGCCCAGCAGCUCCGAAGAUGAGUUGGACAAUGUGUUCCUCAAGAAGGAGCCUGUGGAGCACUGUCAUGGCAGUUCAGCAAAAGAGGACACCCCUAAGGAUGAGUUUGAGAAGGAGUCGGGGAGAAAACAGCGGGCUGAGGUUCCCAAAGAAAAAGAGCACAGUGUUAAAAAAGCUCAUGCCGUCGCCAAGGAUGAAAUGGUGUUGCUAAGGAAGGAGAGUGGGCCCUCAGAGGAUCCCUCCCCACCUUACCACCAAAAAUACCUGAGAUCUCCAAAUCUCAGCUUUCGGCUAAGCACACAAAAAGAUUGCACUAAGCCUCCUGUCUUUCAAGUCUCUUCUCAGAUGGAAGAAACAGUGUCUGACUCGGGCACUAUGCUUAGCACUUCCUCACAGGCUUCUCUGCAGAGAUUUUCCUGUAAGAAAUUGGCCAGCACUGAAAAUAAAUGUAGCGAGUUUUUAGCGGCUGAUGUCAGCUCGAUCACUUCGGAUUACUCAACAAUUUCAUCUACGGUGUACCUAGCCGGUUUAGAUUCCACCAUGCUAAACCCUGAGGUGCAGUCUGUGACUGAGAGUAAAGGCGAUGAGGCCGAUGACGAGAGAAGUGAAUUGAUCAGCGAAGGUCGCCCUGUGGAGACAGACAGUGAGAGUGACUUCCCCGUUUUUGCUGCCAGCUCUCCUGCAGAAAGGCUGUUCAGGGGGAAGAUGCUAGAAUUGGCCAAGGGCAGCCGGAGGAACUCUGAAGAAAGCGAAGUAAGUUGUACCGAGGGAAGUUUGACGCCAAAGUUGGAGAGCCGCAGACUGUUCAGUUCACACAAACUUAUUGAAUGUGAUACACUCUCCAGGAAGAAGUCGGCCCGGCACAAGACAGAUAGUGAAGGCUCGGGAGAUGCCAAGUGUGAGAAGGAGUUGCCAGCCAUGACCAAAAUGUUUGACAUAAUGAAGAAAGGGAAGUCAACCAGCAGCCUGGCUGCUUCACCCCGAAGCGAGCCUGAAAAGCAAGAGCCUACAUGGAGGCUCAAAAUCACAGACAGGUUGAAACUGCGGCUGAAGUCAUCUGCUGAUGAUAUGUUUGGAGUAGGCACUCAGCAAUCAAGCUCUGCAGAGGCCUCCAAAAGAAAGAACAUCCGGCGAAGGCACACGUUAGGAGGCCAGCGAGAUUUUGCCGACAUAAGUGUUUUGAAUGCGUGGAAAGCUCAAGAGAGAAAUCCAGAUAGUGAGAGAGACUCCUCAGCAGUGAACCGGCUGAAGCCCAAAUGUCCAGCACAGGACCUCUCGAUUUCAGACUGGCUUGCACGAGAGCGUUUACGUACUAGCACAACUGACCUUGAGAUGUGUGGAAGUGGUGACUUCAAACUGGUGAACACUAGCUUAGCAGAUUCAUCGAAGACAGAGCUCCCCUCAUCUGCAGAGGUGCGGGCAGAGGAGGGCAACUCGUCUUCUAGUAGUUUGACUCUGGUUCCUCAGACAUCAGUGUCCGGACCACCCCAGCCACUAGACCACAUCAAUGGAGAAAGCUACCAGAAUAUAAACAAAGGCAACUUCAGCCCUGUAGUUGACGCCCAUCCUCAUAAAUUAUCUGGGACCCAGGUGGUUAGGUCUCGGUUCUACCAGUAUCUUUAAAACAGAGAGGUAUCUGUCCCCGACAGUAAUUCAGUAGCAGCUUCUCUGUUAACAUGUUCCUAAUUGUUCUGUGUAUAUUUUUCUGUACUGUGUUGUUUUGCAGCUUUCAGAUGAGGUUGGUUUUAUCCGUAUGUGCUGUGGAAAAGGUCUUUACAGAGUAUUAAUACAUCCAGAACAAUGAGUGGGAAGGGGGAAAGAGUUUAAGAAAAUAUAUAAAUAAAUAUAUAAAUAUAAAUAUAUAUAAAUAAAUAUAUUUUAAAUAAAGGUAUAUUUGAUUGCUGCAUACAAAUGUUGAACAAAGCAUCUAAUGCAACAUGCUAUGUAACGUAUACAUGGUUUUUAUGACUGACAAUUGGCAUUAGUAUGCAGAAAAAAAUGUGGUUUUUUGUUUUGUUUUGUUUGGGUUUAGUCACUAACAAGUGCCUCAUCAGAAAAUAAAAAGGAGUUCAUUUGGUUUGUUAGGGUGCCAUAAAUUGUUGAAAUUAGAGGAUGUUAAUAUAAACAAAUGCAUUUUACUGAUAAGAAGUUUCACAACAUUUUACAAAUUUUAACACAGGUGGGUACAGAGCUUCCAUUCCUUAGGCAUUCCAGUUGGAUUUCUGAGUUUUAUAUUCCAAUUUUAAUACAGUUUUUUGAGUUUUAUGUGAUGAAUUUUUAAUCUUUCUGUAAAAUACAUAACUUAAGUGUACAUACUCCAUGUGUAUCUUUUCCUCAGAUACCAGAUUUGAUAUAAAUGUUGUAACAUAGGCAUGUAGAUAGUGGAUCCUGGAUGGAACUGGUUUCUUUUACUGAGAAUAUAAUUCUGCAUGAAGACCUUAAUGAAUCCAAACCUGUAUCAUGCCUGUGUGCAUACCCACUUAAGACACUGGAAAUAAAAUUGUUUUGGUGA